AUGACAAUAGAUUCGGGGAGUAUAAGGACACUUCACGCGCUCAAAUUGACGACCUGGGUAGCGCUUUUUGUGGGUAGCAUCUUAUUCGGGUGUGCUUGUAGCGGCUGAAUACCUAGCUACACAGCUUCUGUCGUCCCGAUUGCAAUCGCUUUAAUAUUGUUCCCGAUUAUAGUUAAUGUGGCUGUAAAUAGCCUCGAUAUGUAUGUGAAGAGGAUUUCUAAACAUAGCUUUAUAUUAACUAUAGAUAACGCUCCUUAAUAGUUUUCUAUAUAGGCGAUUGAGGUAGUGCUGAAGUGCUUUUGCAUUCAUUGCUAAAUAGCGAUUUAAACAAGAAGCACUUAUAAAGUUAUGCCUAUGGUUCAAAUUUCAUCGAAGAACUAUAAAAAAUUGCUUUUUUAAUAAUUUAAAUUAAAUAAAGAUAGGCAUUGAGAUAUAUUCUGUAGGAAUUUAGUCUAAAGUUCCAUUUUCAAUUUUUAUUUGGUUCGUCAAAUAAGUUGACUCGACAAAGCCUGGCGAGAAAAUGGAGCGAGCACAACAAAAAUCCUGGGUUCAUAAGGUAAGAAUUUGUCAGAUUUUAUAGUAUCAAGCUUCGGAAAAUAAUAUUAAACGUACUGCUAUUAAUUCUAAUUAACUUUUAUUUUUUUAAGCGAUUCAUCACUUUAAACUUAGCUUUCAUUAAAAUUUAAACUAUUUUACUAUAUCCCUAUGAUCAGGGGCAUAUAGAUCAAUUAUGACAAAGCACAUAUAUAAAUCUAUUAAGAUUCGUGAUCUAUGAGAAAUUUAAUGGCUGCACAUAAUUAUAAAACAACCAAAAUGCCCAAUUGAGUAAAGCUAUGACGCCUUUUUAUAAUUAUAAAGAGGAUUACUAAACAGAUUCUGCUUUCCUGUGCAUAUAACCUCUCCCUAUCAUGACUGAUUUUUGCAUUUUUGGGCUGCUUACUUUUAGACGAAGCUAUCGACAUUCCUUGGGUAUUUGUGUUCGCGCCAGCUUGGUAUGGGUUUGCAAUUAUCUUUUUGUUCACGGUUUACAUGGCUCCUGGCAUGAUUCAGAAAAAAUAUUAUAGAGCGCUAUUAUUGAUAUUUGCAUAUUGAGUUUCAUAAAAAAAAAUGGCAUCAUUCGAUUAUCCAGGUCUCCCAAUCGGAAAUUCAUGAUGCUGAGUCUUAAGCGAAUUCGUUAGGAAAGCAAGAGCCAACGAUGCGCCGUAGAUAACUGACCACUGGAAAUGGAUUUUAUGGAAGUGUACUUCCUGAAGGCUGAGACCUUUAGGUUGUCUAGCAGACCAAUUAGAUUGUGCUCGAGCGCAAAAAGCACGGCUGUCUUAGAUCAAAAAUCGUAAGUAUCCACAUUGGUGAUCUUCUAUAGAUAAGCAGUGAGCAUGUAUCCCUUAGACUUAUAGUUAACAUGCAUGCAUACUGGGUUGCAUUGCUGGUUUUCAGCAUUUUGUGGAUAUGCAACAUAGAGUACGACAAUCCUAAUAACUUUCUUUAUGCAUGGAUACCUGUUGCCGCAGUGCUUGUUUUGCAUUUUGUUACUUAUAUGAAAGAAAGGAUUCAGUAUAGAAAAACUCAUCCCAACGAAGGCUUCCAUACGACCGAGUUUUUCUAUGCUAUUCUUUCAUUGCUGCAGCUCACUGUUAUGCUGACACUCCAAAUGGAAGUUCUUACCUGGGUUCCUUCUUUUGUCUUAACAGCACCACUGGUAAAAGCAAUGGUGAUUUGGCUUUACCUCGAAGAAAAAUCGUAUUGGGGUUGGGGACAGUCUGGAAAUAAAGGAAAAGAGUAUAAAUAA